AUGUCCACAACAACCACAACAACAUCAAACCCCUCCUCCCCUUCCCCUUCCCCCUCUAAUCAGGUAAACGUUCCAACUUCCACAGUCAUCGCCAUAGGUGUAGGUUUCGUAUCCUUUGCAUUACUCGUUUUACUAUUCACAGUCCUCCUCCGUAUCAGACGGAUUCGUCGUCUGGCUCGUACUCGUGCUUCAGAAGGUCCAGUGAGAUUCCGAGAAACGUGGGAAAGAGAAGGUGGUUGGUGGGGUUUCUGGCAUACUGGUGAUCAGAUGGCUGUAGGUGCAGGAGGACAUGGUACUGGAGUUGGAAUGAGAACGGAACUUUGGAGAAGGAGAAGAUUGGAAGAGUUGGUCAGGUAUUUAGGUGAGGAGGAGGUGGAAGAGCCGAAGAUGUGGGAAAUUGGGAUGAAAGAUGAUGUGGGGGUAGUGGGAUUUGGGGAUAUGAAACCAUUAUCAAUCCUUACCAGUCCGAAACCUCUCGAUACAGGAGGCUGGUAUCCCUCCUCUUUACCCGACCCCACUCUUUCUCUCAAUGUUUUAAUAUCCUUACCAACUCACAAUAAAUCAGAAGAAGAAAUACCAGAUGUGGUCAUCGGAACAACAACUCUAUUACCUCUAGUCCCUCAUCUACCACAGUUGAAUUCUCCUAAGAAUUCUUCGGCUUUACAAGUACCUAUAGAAAGAGCGGCGAUAGUGAAAACAGGAACAUUAUCGAAAUCUGAACGACCUGGUGUGAUCGCUAUGUCUGGAAAAUCAACUAGGAUCGGAGGGUUGGGAGAAUCAGGAGUAUCAAAUGAUCUAAGUAAAUCGACUAUUGAAGAGAAAGAAGAAUUGGAAUAUCUUGAGAAUUCACAUCAACGUGCGAGAUGGGAAAGGGAUAGAGAAGGUGAAUGGAGGAUACAAGGUCUUGGAUUGAAUGAUGGGUGA